CUCCUACCACAAGGAAAAGCCUUCCUGAUCUUUCCACUUUAUGAGUCUGUAAUCAUUAGCCAGGAAACAAAUAGCCACAAAAGCACCGGCAGAAAUCAGAGACUUCUAGAGAAGGAGAAGACCUGAGAAGAAACACCAGUACUCCUGAGAGUGAAAUACAGAACAGAUGACAAUGGGGUUCCCAAUACUGCAUAUACUUCUCUGGCUUCUAACUGCACUCGCUCUUACAACACAAGGGUCUGGGAAACUAAAUGUGAGUACAAAUAUUACUGCAGAGUGUGGCAAACAGGUUACCCUGAACUGCAAUGUGACGAACUAUCAAAAUGGACUGUCAGUCAAACUUAUGGCGUGGUCCCGAAACGGAACAUUAUGCAAUGUGGACAGUGAAGGGAAAAUAACCACACAUAGCGGACACCUUCAGAUAGACUUCCACUGUGAAUAUAAACAUGGACAGUUGUCCCUCAUCCUUCAUAAAGUGCGGCCACUGGAUAGCGGAAAGUACCUGUGCAAACUACGUUCCAACAAAGGAGCUGAACAUCAAUACACAACAGUGAAGCUACAAGAGUGUUCUGGGACCGUUCAGGGUGACCAGACAGAGGACCAUCACAUCUGCACCUUCAGCCAUGUCUACCCAGAUGGAAAUGUGCACUGGUUUCAUGGCUCCAGCAAUGUCAUAGACAACUCUCGACAAAAGACUACCAAACAAGUGGAUGAAGGGGGUUGGUUGACUAUCCGUAGUUCCCUGGCGCGGAAUACUUCAGAUGGGCCCUACAACUGCUCCCUGAUGAGCACUCAGUCCAGUAGAUACAUUGCGAGCACUUCAUUCAGAGUCAUGCCCCGAUCUUCAGAAUCUAAGUCUGUGAUGGAUUCUGCUGUCAGGAAUGGAGUUGGAGUGAGGACCUUUUUGGGGAUUUCAGUCUUACUUGCUUUCACACUGAAAUAACUGAAAGUAAAUCCAUGUCAUGGAGUGGUAUAAAACGUCAGAGCAGGACCAAUGAGGUACUGUGUUAUCUGUGUUUUCAAAUGCCCAGUACAGUGACUCAUGUCUGAAAGGUUAAUCAUUACCAAAGAAAUUUAUUAUGAACAAGGAAAUGACAGACUGGGUGGCUGAUAAUCAUCAUAGUGUUGAAAGUAAGUGUAAAGCACACACUUACAGAAACACGUAACUGCAAAUCUUCUAGGUUACCGAUUCAUUUUAGCCUUGCGUUCUAAACAUUCAAGCCAUGCAUUAUUUUCAGGACUCUGUAUUUAUUUCUGAGAGAGAUGAAAAUGAGACAGUUGUGUCUGUUGGUUUUAGAUGAAACAGUGCAUUAAUCAUGUUUCGGAGAGAAAUAUGAAUCAGUUAUGAAGCACAUAUGAAGAACAUAUUUGUAAAUUGAACAACCAUUCCCCUUCCAGUUUUUUCAGUGUAGUAAAAUGUCCAUCUUGAGUCAAACAUAAAGACCUCAAAAGACGAGGGAAUUCCCCUUCAGAAACACAGAAGCUUUUGUUUGCAACAUAUCAGAUUGUUGCACACAGGGACUCUCAGACAUGCAACCACUCCGUCUGUGGUUUGAGGGUAGAUGCUGCCCUCUGGUGCACUAGUUAUGAAGACAUGUGGCAGUGGACUGCCCACACAGAGAGCAAAAUAGGUGCAUUUAAAGGAUUGCUGUAGGCAAUAGGCAUGCAGGCAGCUUUGGUUUUACACUCUGAGGUUUCUGAUAAGCCCUAGUACAUCGGAUGGAGAGGGGAGGUAUGUGCUCUCACAGAACGUAAAAAAUGACAUUUAGAAAUAGAAAAUAAGACCUGUCCUAUUGUAGAAUAGCAGAUGAGUGAGAAGACAGAUACAGAUCACUCCUUCCCUGUCUCUCUCACUCAAGUCUUUGCAGGUAUACCUUGAAACUGGAGGACUAACCCAGCACGGAGGCUUAAAAUCUGCCUUUCAAGUACCUCAGUGCACCCUCUUCAUAUGGGACUUUUGAGGGCCCUUUCAAGACAGAAAGACUCACUGCUAAUUCUGUCACUAAAGCGGUACCACGCAGGGGCAGGUUGAGCUUUUGGCAAAAUAAUGCUGCAGCUGAGAGCCCACUGGGCAAACAAGGUCACCCUGACCAUUCAGUUGAGCACACUGAUAUGUCAAGACCCAGGUACGACACAUCAGACAACUUGAAUGUUUGUGGUAUUGUCUCUAACAUAUUUUGUGAAAUAAUGAUCCCUCAUAAGCAUUCUUUUGAAGCAUUUCUUCCUUUCUGUAAAAUAUUACAACUAACUAGUCACAAAAUGAGACAUAAUCUACAAAAUGCUUGGUGACGAUAACUGAAUUAUUUAAAAUAGCUGGAUUUUUAAAUUAUUUUCCUUAUGUGAUCAGUUGUAAAUGGAAUUGUUAGAUUAUCAAUUACAUUAAGAUACUCAUGUGGAUACUACUUGCAGUCAUGGGUUUGAUUUGUUUUACUAGUACUAUGUCUAUUUCCUGUUUGAUUUACAACAGAGAAAGUUAAAGGAAUAAAAAUAAAAAUAAACAAUCAUUUUCUGACUUGUGGUUUUGUUUUUAAGACCAACACCCGCAUUUCUCAUUUCACUUGUUGUUGUUCUUUUUGGGAAUCUCAAACAUUUUAACUGACAUUAUUACUUAGAACAAACUCUUACUGAGAAGUAACUGCUUUAAGUUUUCAGAAACAAGCUUUUGCAGGGAAAUGAAGAAUGAUACAAUAAGGUACUGGCUUACAGUAAGAAACAUCUGUGACAUUAACUUUCACUGGUGCAUCUCAGAGGAAAAGUUGUAAUAAAAACAAAUUUUGGAAAAAAAUUACAUCACAGAUUUAUUUAAAGUUUGUUAGAUGGAAAAUAGAAAGUGAUAAUGUAUUUUUCAAAUCUUAAUGACAUUGCUUGGUCAUAAAUGCAACAGUGGGUUAAUUUAGGAGGCUUUAAUUUGUUCACAUAAAGUCAAAAUGAAGCUAUAAUUCUUUUAUUAUUUUAUUAAAUGGUCUUCAUGCAAAUUGAGUUUAGUCAGCUGCUGCAACACUGCAGAUGAUCAUACUGAUUUUCUUCUGCACAAGUCCUUCAUGUGUUCAGAAAAAGAAAAGAUGAACAAACUCCCUGUGCUGAUGAGAUAUGACUGUACGAUCCAUGACAGCUGCUGUUUUGUCAGCUGUAUUUCAGCUUGUAACCCAAAUAUUUCAUUAAAAAUAUAAUUUCCUUGU